GGCGGAGACGGAGCCUGGCACUUAUCCUUUGACUAAGUUCUGAGGGGCGGCCGGACUUGUGCAGUGCAGCUGUGGUUUCACGAUGGACUGCCCUGAGCUCCAAGGGGCCGUGGACAAUUCUGAUUUGAUGGAGAAUGGACGUGAAAGCACAGAGGAACAUCUGGAGAAAUUUCUGAAACGCCCAUCCUCUGCUGUCGUUACUGCGCGGUCAGGAAUCUUCCGGAGGGUAGGCCUCAAAAUCCCUGGCCUUGCCUGCUUUUGGCGACCGAGAAGGAGGUCAAAUCAUUCAGACAGAGAUAGCGCUCAGUACUCAGUGUCGGAGAGCUGAUCAGAGCUCAAAGUUUUCGGAUGACUCAGUUGGAUUGUGGUCGGCAUUGCAGGGAGUUUUUUUCUUCCUUCUCCCGUCUGCGUGAGAUGUGGGACAUUUGAGAAACUUUGAACUUUACUGUGCUCACAGACUUCUUCACCAAGUUAUGCCCAGCUCUGGCGUCAUUGCUUCGAGAAGCCGGUGUGGAAAGUAGUCGUUGACCUGUCGCUGAGUCUGACACCACUCACAGCAGAGAGUGAGGAGGUUGUAGGUGGUCCCAUCUCCCUCCAGUUCACACAGCAACACCUCAUCGGGAGUCACAUAAUGUCACCGGCUGAACUGAGGGUUGUGCUGCUGAUCCUGGGUUUUCUGGGAGGCAAAGUGGCCAGCUCAUCGCUCAACCCGGCAGGGAUAGAAAGCGUGCCCGGGGGGUGGCCCGACUCGGAUUCGAACUCGGGAGCCUCCGCUCAGGAGUCCGUCGCUGAUGCCACUGUGCCACCAGCCGUCACAGACUCCACACUCGGUGAUCCGUGUGUAAACCACACCGUCCUGGAUCAGCCCUGGAGGAGCACGAAUUGUUCCAACACUGAGUGUACCGGUGGACAAUGGAUGGGUGAUGGAAAUCUUGAAGUGGGAUGGUACAGAUUUAACAGUUCCGGAGGAUGGAAGAUUCCCGAGAUGGACAUUCCACAUCACGGCUCUGGAACAUCACAACAUCACGGCUCUGGAACAUCACAACAUCACGGCUCUGGAACAUCACAACAUCACGGCUCUGGAACAUCACAACAUCACGGCUCUGGAACAUCACAACAUCACGGCUCUGGAACAUCACAACAUCACGGCUCUGGAACAUCACAACAUCACGGCUCUGGAAAGAAGCCAGUCUGGUUAAACGGUCCCCAUCCCAACGUGGGAGAGGGGGAGGUGACCAGGACUGUCUGCUUCACUGUGGGUGAAGACACCUGUUACCAGAGCCUGGAGAUCAGGGUGAAGAACUGCUCUGAUUACUUUGUGUAUUGGCUGAAGCCGACACCCCAACAGCAGGGUUUAGCUGUGUACUGUACAGAUUCCCAGUCAGACACAGCUGCAGAACCCCAGGCAUCGACAACUGGAGAACCAGGUCCGGGUUUGACCACCACCCCAGCAGGGUCUGUGAUCUCAGAACUGGAGACUUCCACACUGGAACAGUCUACAGGAUUGUCUACUGGAGAACACACCCAGGAACUGUCCUCUGUCCCAGCGGGAGACACAUCCUCAGAUUCCCAACCAGACACAACUCAUAAACCCCAGGGAACAGUGACCCGAGAACCUGGUCUGGGUUUGACCAUCACCACAGCAGGAUCUUCAAGCUCACUUACAGAUCCCCAGAUAGACAUAACUCCAAAACCCCAGGGAACAGCGACAGACCUGGAGGUUUCCACAAUGGAUCAGCCCGAUGGAUCAUCUACAGGACAACCCACUCCAUCACCAUCCUCUGUCUCAGUGGGAGAGACAUCCUCAGACCUGGAGGUUUCCACAAUGGAUCAGCCCGAUGAAUCAUCUACAGGACAACCCACCCCAUCACCAUCCUCUGUCUCAGUGGGAGAGACAUCCUCAGUCACAGACUCCACACUCGGUGAUCCGUGUGUAACCCACACCGUCCUGGAUCAGUCCUGGAGGAGCACGAAUUGUUACCACACUGAGUGUACCAGUGGACAAUGGAUGAGUGAUGGAAAUCUUGAAGUGAGAUGGUACAGAUUUAACAGUUCUGGAGGAUGGAAGAUUCCCGAGACGGUUGUUCCACAGGGUCACUGUUCCGGGGAGACCCCAGGCUGGUUAAAUGGUCCCCAUCCCAACGUGGGAGAGGGGGAGGUGACCAGGACCGUCUGCUUCACUGUGGGUGAAGACACCUGUUACUGGAGCCUGGAGAUCAAGGUGAAAAACUGCUCCGGUUACUUUGUGUAUUGGCUGAAGCCGACACCCCAACAUCAGGGUAACGCUGUGUACUGCACAGAUUCCCUGCUGGACACAACUUGGGAACCCCAGGGAUCAACAACAGGAGAGCCUGCUUUGGGUUUGACCACCACCGCUGCAGGGUCUGUGAGCUCAGACCUGGAGGUUUCCACAAUGGAUCAGCCCGAUGGAUCAUCUACAGGACAACCCACCCCAUCACCAUCCUCUGUGUCAGCAGGAGGGACGUCCUCAGAUCCCCAGUCAGACACAUCUCAGGAACCCCAGGGAUCUGCGACUGGAGGACCUGGUCCGAGUUUGUCCACCACCCCAGCAGGGUCUGCAAGCUCAGAUCCUGGGACUUCCACAGGGAAACAGUCCGAAGGGUCAUCCACUGGAGAUUUUUCCCAGGAAACACUUUCUGUCCCAGCUGGAGACACAUCCUCAGGUAGUUCCACAGGGAAACAGACCGAUGGAUCAGUGUCUGGAGAACACACCCAGAAAUCAUCCUCUGUCCCAGCAGGAGACACGAGCCCAGGUAGUUCCACAGGGAAACAGACCGAUGGAUCAGUGUCUGGAGAACACACCCAGAAAUCAGGAGGCACAACCUCAGAUCCGCCGAAUUCCAAAGGGACCAGCCAGAAGCCGUCCUCUGGCCCAGAGGGAGAGACAUGCUCAGUGAAGGGGCUCCCGUCAAAGGACGAGUGUGAGAAGAUGAUCAACAGUGCCCAAGUGUUGAUCCUUGGGCAGAACAACCUGAGAAACUCCCAGGAGCAAGAGGCCUACCUCCGUCAGGUGCGUCAGAUGCUGAUCGAACAGCUCCCCUGCAAGCACGUCCUGUCCAACAGUAAACACGACAAUGAGGGAGGGAAGUGAGGAGGAAGGUGUCAGAUUGUGGUCUUCCAGCGUAUCACAGGAUGAUGGACGGUGGUGAUGUGUGUGACGGGUGGACUGGGGCACGAGGAAAUCUAAAUGUUGGUAAAAUAUCUGCAUUAGCAUGUAUCUGGUUGUUCUUCUGUCAUCUCUGUAGCUUAUUAACAAACAAGUUACGCUUCUGUUAGUUACCGAUUUGAAUUAUUUCUCAAUUCAAUGCAAUAAUGGCUUUAAUCCAAGUAAUGAAAGACACAUUAGUGUUCCUGUAAUGUGGCUCCGAUUAUUUCUGUAUUUCUUAUGCAUCCAAUGAUAUUGUGUUACUGGAGGAUGUACCACUGUUUUACUUCUACACUGAUCAGUU